CCCCUCCUGUCUCCAUGUGGAGCGCGGCCAUGCGGAGGAGACGUUACCUGGUGGAGAGGGCUGAGAGCGGCACGGCCAAGCAGAGGUCCACAGACUGGCUGUACCAGUCCUACUACUGCAUGAGCCAGCAGCACCCUCUCAUCGUGUUCCUGCUGCUCAUAGUGAUGGGAGCCUGCCUGGCUCUGCUGGCCGUGUUCUUUGCUUCUGGGCUGGAUAUUGAGGACCACAUUGCGUUCAUAAUCACAGUUCCCACAGCUUUGGCAAUUUUCCUCACCAUCUUCGUCUUCGUGUGCAUGGAGUCGGUCUUCAAGAAGCUGCUACAUGUUUUUUCCUUAGUGAUCUGGGCCUGCCUCCUCGCCAUGGGUUACCUCUUCAUGUUUUUUGGGGGCAUUAUCUGUCCAUGGGACCAGGUGUCCUUCUUCCUGUUCAUUAUUUUUGUGGUCUACACCAUGCUGCCCUUCUGCAUGCGUGACGCCAUCAUCGCCAGCGUGCUGACCUCUUCCUCACACACUGUCGUCCUCAGCGUCUGUCUGUCCACCACCACAGACAACAUGGAGCCCCUGAUAUGGCAGAUCUUGGCCAAUAUUAUCAUCUUCAUUUGUGGAAACAUGGCUGGGGCUUAUCACAAACACCUAAUGGAGCUUGCAGUGAAGCAGACCUACCAGGACACCUGCAACUGCAUUAAGUCACCUAUCAAGCUGGAGUUUGAGAAACGGCAGCAGGAACGUUUGUUGUUGUCACUGCUCCCGGCUCACAUUGCCAGAGUGAUGAAAGCUGAAAUCAUUCAGAGGCUGCAGGGCCCGAAAUUUGGUCAGGUGGAGAACACAAACAACUUCCACAAUCUGUAUGUACAAAGGCACACCAAUGUCAGUAUCCUGUAUGCAGACAUUGUGGGAUUCACACGUCUUGCCACUGACUGCUCCCCCGGGGAACUGGUGCAUAUGCUCAAUGAGCUCUUUGGCAAAUUUGAUCAGAUUGCAAAGGAAAAUGAGUGUAUGCGGAUCAAGAUUCUUGGCGACUGUUAUUACUGCGUAUCAGGCCUGCCAGAGUCCCUGCCGAACCACGCAAAGAACUGUGUGAAAAUGGGUCUGGACAUGUGUGAGGCCAUAAAGAAGGUGAGGGAUGCCACUGGAGUAGACAUUAAUAUGCGAGUUGGAGUGCACUCAGGAAAUGUCCUCUGUGGAGUUAUUGGUCUUCAGAAAUGGCAAUAUGAUGUUUGGUCACACGAUGUUACAUUAGCCAAUCACAUGGAGGCUGGUGGUGUACCUGGGCGGGUCCACAUCACCUCUGUGACGCUGGAACAUCUGAAAGGGGCAUACAAGGUGGAGGAUGGGGACGGGCAGGAACGCGAUCCCUAUCUGAAGCUGCACGGGGUGAUCACCUACCUCGUCAUCAACCCGAAGGCAGACAGACGUAGCCCACAGCACCACUACCGGCCCCGGCACACGCUGGACGGGGCUAAAAUGAGGGCGUCGGUGAGGAUGACCCGCUACCUGGAGUCCUGGGGAGCAGCAAAGCCCUUCGCCAAUCUGCACCACAGGGACAGCAUGACCACUGAGAACGGCAAGAUCAACACUGCUGAUGUUCCAAUGGGGCAGUAUCAUUUCCCCAGGCGCUCAGAGAGAACAAAAUCCCAGAAGAGGAAAUUUGAGGAAGAAUUAAAUGAGAGGAUGAUUCGUACCAUUGAUGGAAUUAACUCCCAGAAACAGUGGCUGAAAUCUGAAGAUAUUCAAAGGAUUUCAUUGUUUUUUCACAAUAAGUCCCUGGAGAAGGAGUACAGAGCAACAACCUUACCUGCUUUCAAAUAUUACAUCACCUGUGCCUGCCUGAUAUUCUUCUGCAUCUUCAUAGUGCAGAUCCUCGUCCUGCCAAAGACUCUGGUCUUGGGAAUAUCCUUUGGGGCUUCAUUCCUUCUGUUGUUUCUGAUCCUGCUUAUCUGCUUUGCUGGACACCUGUUGAAGUGCAGCAAAUCGGCCUCCACAUCCUGGCUCUGGAUCCUCAGAUCAUCUGGAAUUAUCGCCAACAAGCCCUGGCCACGGAUCACCCUCACCAUGACAACCACUGCUCUUAUAUUAGUAAUGGCUGUAUUCAAUAUGUUCUUCUUAGAGGACCAACUUAAUUCAUCCGUCACUCUUUCUAAUUCAUCCAAUGAAACAAUAUAUUAUUACAAUGGUCAACCCAUACAACAAAUGGAGAAAAACAAUUUCUACCUUCCCUACUUCAUUUACAGCUGUAUCCUGGGUUUGGUGUCGUGCUCGGUCUUCCUGCGGAUUAACUAUGAGCUGAAGAUGGUCAUCAUGCUGGUAGCUGUGGUGGGCUACAAUGCUAUCAUUCUGCAGACACACGCCGCCCUGCUGGACGAGUACAGUAAAUUCCUCUAUAAGGCAGAGGCUCUGGAGAGGCCAGGUGUACUGAAAGACCCGAAAACUAUGGGCUCUGUCUCUCUCUUCAUAUUCUUCAUCACACUGCUCGUUCUGGCCAGACAGAAUGAAUAUUACUGUAGGUUAGACUUCCUGUGGAAGAACAAGUUUAAGAAAGAAUGUGAGGAAAUAGAGACCAUGGAGAACCUGAACCGUGUGCUUCUGGAGAACGUCUUGCCCGCACACGUGGCCGAGCAUUUUCUGGCCCGCAACUGGAAAAAUGAGGAUCUGUACCACCAGUCAUAUGAUCUGGUCUGUGUAAUGUUUGCCUCCAUACCGGAUUUCAAAGAAUUCUAUACGGAGUCAGAUGUCAACAAAGAGGGUUUGGAGUGCCUCCGGCUACUCAAUGAGAUCAUUGCAGAUUUCGAUGAGCUUCUCUCCAAGCCCAAGUUUAGUGGAGUGGAGAAGAUAAAGACGAUUGGCAGCACCUACAUGGCAGCCACAGGCCUUAAUGCAACACCUGGGCCUGAGUACACACAGGAGCACGACAGACAGUACAUGCACAUUGGCACUAUGGUGGAGUUUGCCUUUGCGCUGGUUGGAAAGCUCGAUGUUAUAAAUAAACAUUCCUUCAAUGACUUCAAACUCCGGGUUGGUAUCAACUAUGGUCCAGUGAUCGCUGGGGUGAUUGGAGCACAGAAACCCCAGUAUGACAUCUGGGGGAACACGGUGAACGUGGCCAGCAGGAUGGACAGCACCGGGGUGCUGGGCAAAAUACAGGUCACGGAGGAAACAAGUCGGGUCUUAGUGACGCUGGGUUACUUGUGCUCCUGCAGAGGGAUUAUCAAUGUAAAGGGAAAAGGAGAACUCAAGACCUAUUUUGUUCACACAGAGAUGACACGCUCUCUCUCCCAAGGAAACGUAAUGGCAUAAAGCACCCUGCGGGUGAAGAGCACUGGGGCUGAAGACAAACUCCCGCACGUGUACAUAGGUCCGCCUCGUCUUUAGAUGCACAGACUCUGGGGUGUAUGAGCGCCACCGUUUCUCCAGUAUCUCAUAAGCAGGAUCGUGUGCUGAGUACGGUAUUUAAGUGCAGUAGGAGACUUUUUUUUUUUUAAAUAAAAAAGAAAGUGUUUUGAUGUUUUAAUGCCAUCGUUUUUGUAAAACUUAUUCAUUAAAAGUUUAUAUGUAUUUCAAA